AUGCAUCUCAAAAACCAUUCAAGUUGUUGGACUAACUCCUGGCUUAAUGAUAAAACUUACACUGCCGGUGUGCCAGCUAACUGGAUUUUGGAUUUUAAUGCGGAAACUUUUAAUCCAAUCACUGAAGACGAUGACCAGUCUUAUGUUGCGCAGUGGCGGGAGAGCAAAUCCGGCAAAAUACCCAAACGAGGUUGGAAAUUCUACGAUGCCAAAGUCAUAAAAGUUUCAAAUAAUCUUAAGUCACUGGAAAGGGAACUCGAUUUACUAGACGGUGAUGUUUCUCCUCUUCGUCCAGAACGUCCUGAUAAUGAAUCUAUUGAACAUUCAGGCAAGAGAAAUUUGGAGUUUGAGUACGAUAAAAAACAAGGAAAGGGAAAGAGAAGCAAAGACGAAACCUCACGAACUUCAACAUCAUACGAAACUCCAGUUGUCAAAAAAUCAAAACCGACUACUGUGAGUUCAGAAGUGUAUCCACAUGGCCAGACUAGUCAUCGUAAUGUUCCCAGAGAAAAAACACCGGAUUUGGAAUCUCACGAUUCAGAUAACUUUGAUGAUGUUGUGAAUGACCAAUCACAUCCUGAAGACGACCGAUCAUUGAAGCAGAUAUUGCUAAACUUGUCAUCCGAAGACAUAAAAUUGGUUAAAAGAGUCCAACUUAACAUGUUAAGAGCUCAAGAAGCUAAUCCAGCUAGACAAACCAAUCAACAAGUUGAAAUUGGUCACCAAGGGUCAAACGUGUUUGUCACUCAGCAGCAAUGGGAUACAGCAAACUCUAGAGAUACUUACUGGUCGAUGGGUGUUUCACUAAUUCAUGCACUAUUCGACACAGAAGUUUUGCUGGAAAGUAACCUAAGAGGUGGUCUCAGCAAAAUAGAUAAAAAUGCUCCUAAAAGAUCUGCGUUGAACCCCCACAUUGUAACGGCUAUUACUGGUAAACCAUGA